GUUCUUUUGUACAGGAUCCAUUUUGAGGACAGAGCAGAAAACGCUAUAUGGAGAUUAUUGAAAAAUAAAGGGUCAGUGCUCUAAAAUGAGUCUCUCUGGGGAGAGAGAGGAGGGAGGCCCUGCCUCUAAAAUGAGUCUCUCUGGGGAGAGAGAGGAGGGACCUGCCUCUAAAAUGAGUCUCUCUGGGGAGAGAGAGGAGGGAGGCCCUGCCUCUAAAAUGCAUCUCUCUGGGGGACAUGACACCAAAGCUAAGAGUCCAAUCAAGCAGGAGAGACCAGCCUCCCCUGUACCCAGCUGUGUGUCCAUGAAGAGUGACCAGUCUAUGAUGCAACCUAUAUACUUUAGAGAGGGAGACUUUUCUACUGAACAAAGUGAUCCUGACAUGCACGUCCAGAGGAAAAUGAACCAGAAGGAGCUUGCUGACACACCAGAGAAAUAUUCAGAUGAUCCUGCUGUGAUUUGCCAACGUGAACUCAAAUAUAAUCUAAAGAAGAAGUUUCAAUGUGUAUUUGAGGGGAUCGCUAAACAAGGAAACCCAACACUUCUCAAUAAGAUCUACACAGAGCUCUACAUCACAGAGGGUGGAACAGGAGAGGUCAAUAAUGAACAUGAGCUGAGACAGAUUGAGACAACAACCAGGAAACAAGCAAGACCAGAGACUGCAAUCAAAUGUAACGACAUCUUCAAACCCUUAACUGGACAAGACAAACGUGUCAGAACUGUGCUGACAAAGGGAGUCGCUGGCAUUGGAAAAACAGUCUCUGUGCAGAAGUUCAUUCUGGACUGGGCUGAAAGAAAAGCAAAUCAGGAUGUCCAAUUUGUAUUUUCAUUCACUUUUCGGGAGCUGAAUUUGGUGAAAGAGGACAAACACACUUUCAUUGAACUUCUCAAUCACUUCUCAAAGGAAACCAAACAAUCAAGAAUCUCCAACUACAACAAGUACAAAGUUCUGUUCAUCUUUGAUGGUCUGGAUGAGUGCCGACUGCCCCUAGACUUCCAGAAGAACAAGAUCUGUUGUGACGUCACAGAGUCAACCUCAGUGGAUGUUCUGCUGACAAAUCUCAUCAAGGGAAAUCUGCUUCCCUCUGCUCUCCUCUGGAUAACUACCCGACCUGCAGCAGCCAAUAAGAUCCCUUCAGGGUGUGUUGACCAGGUGACAGAGGUACGAGGGUUCAGUGACCCACAGAAGGAGGAGUACUUCAGGAAGAGAUUCAGUGAUGAGGACCUGGCCAGCAGAAUCAUCUCACACAUAAAGACAUCAAGGAGCCUCCACAUCAUGUGCCACAUUCCAGUCUUCUGUUGGAUUUCUGCAACAGUCCUUGAACACAUGCUGAAACAUAAGAGAGAAGAGAUGCCCAAGACUCUGACUGAGAUGUACACACACCUUGUGGAGUUUCAUACCAAACAGAAGAAUGGAAAGUAUCCUGGGAAAGAAGAGACAGGUCCACACUGGAAUAAAGAGAGCAUUCUGUCACUGGGAAAACUGGCUUUUCAACAGCUUUUGAAGGGCAAUCUGAUUUUCUAUGAAAAAGACCUGAAAGAGGCUUGCAUUGAUGUCAAUGAAGCCUCAGUGUACUCAGGAUUGUGCACACAGCUCUUUAAAGAGGAAUGUGGGCUGUACCAGGACAAGGUGUACUGCUUUGUUCAUCUGAGCAUUCAGGAGUUUCUGGCUGCUGUAUAUGUGUUCCUCUCAUUCAACAACAACAAAGAGAAUCUAAUGGCCGAACCGCAAUCAACGUCCAGGAACCUUUUUUCUGCGCUGUUCAGAGACAAGCAUAAAGUUACUGUCUACAAGAGUGCUGUGGAUAAAGCCUUACAAAGUGAGACGGGAAACCUGGACCUUUUCCUCCGCUUCCUUCUGGGCCUCUCACUUGAGUCCAAUCAGAAGCACUUACAGGGUCUACUGACAAAGACAAGAAGCAGCUCAAAGACCCAUGAUAAAACAGUCAAGUACAUCAAGGAGAAGAUCAGGGAGAAUCUCUCUCCAGAGAGGAGCAUCAAUCUGUUCCACUGUCUGAAUGAACUGAAUGACCAUUCUCUAGUGGAGGAGAUCCAAACCUACCUGAGAUCAGGAAGUCUCUCAAAACCCAACCUGUCACCUGCACAGUGGUCAGCUCUGGUCUUUGUGUUGCUGACUUCAGAAAAGGAGCUGGAUGUGUUUGACCUGAAGAAAUACUCCAGAUCAGAGGAAGGUCUUCUGAGGCUGCUGCCAGUGGUCAAAGCCUCCAGAGCUGUUCUGCUGUCAGGCUGUGGAGUCACAGAGGAAGGCUGUGCUUCUCUGGUCUCAGCUCUGGAGUCAAACCCCUCACACCUGAGAGAGCUGGACCUGAGUAACAAUGACCUGAAGGAUUCAGGAGUGAAGCUGCUCUCUGCUGGACUGGGGAAUCCCCACUGUAAACUGGAGACUCUGAGGCUGUCAGGCUGUGGAGUCACAGAGGAAGGCUGUGCUUCUCUGGUCUCAGCUCUGGAGUCAAACCCCUCACACCUGAGAGAGCUGGACCUGAGUAACAAUGACCUGAAGGAUUCAGGAGUGAAGCUGCUCUCUGCUGGACUGGGGAAUCCCCACUGUAAACUGGAGACUCUGAGGCUGUCAGGCUGUCUAGUCACAGGGGAAGGCUGUGCUUCUCUGGUCUCAGCUCUGAGGUCAAACCCCUCACACCUGAGAGAGCUGGACCUGAGCUACAAUCACCCAGGAGACUCAGGAGUCAGACUGCUCUCUGCUGGACUGGAGGAUCCACACUGCAGACUUGAGAAACUCAAUGUGGAACAUGGUGGAGAGAACACAAUGAAACCUGGGCUUAGAAAAUGUGAGUGUUGACUGCUGGGAAGAAUA